AUGCAGAAGAAACAAAAAGAACCGAUUCAGUCCGUACAAGUCUUCGGACGCAAAAAAAGUGCUACCGCGGUCGCAUACUGCAAGCGAGGCCGUGGAAAUCUUCGAGUAAAUGGACGUCCAUUGGAACUGGUAGAGCCCCGUGUAUUGCAGUAUAAAUUACAAGAACCCAUCCUAUUACUUGGCAAAGAGAAAUUUUCCGGAGUUGACAUCAGGGUAAGGGUAAAUGGUGGUGGUCAUGUUGCACAGAUUUAUGCUAUCCGCCAAGCUAUUUCCAAGGCUCUUGUUGCCUACUAUCAGAAGUAUGUUGAUGAAGCAAGUAAAAAGGAAGUAAAAGAUAUUCUCAUUCAGUAUGAUCGUACACUUCUGGUUGCCGACCCGAGGCGGUGCGAACCAAAGAAAUUUGGUGGUCCAGGUGCCCGAGCACGAUACCAGAAAUCUUACCGUUAACAUCCGCAAAUUUCACAUUACACUUUAU